UUACGGCAGUAUUUAUAUUCAAAUUGAAAUUGUGAUCAUCUUCAAAAUCCAAAGCGUAAAGCUGAGUUCUUGUAGAGAAUCUCAGUCGGAGAGCUUCAGAUUCAACCAACUCCAUUUCAAUUUCCUGUAUUUCUCGAUCGGAGAGAUUCGAUAUGGCACUGGCAAUCUGCGCCAGGCGGAAGGCCAAUCUUCUAUACAGAAACCUCCCUCUUUCUUCCUCUGAAUCCUUCAACUAUUCUUUUUCAUUUGCAUCAUUCUCCAGACGUUUUGCUUCCUCAGGAUUCGAUGACAACGACGUCGUCGUCAUCGGUGGUGGCCCCGGUGGCUAUGUCGCCGCCAUCAAGGCCGCUCAGCUUGGCCUCAAAACCACCUGUAUCGAAAAGCGUGGAGCUCUUGGCGGAACUUGCCUCAAUGUUGGAUGUAUUCCCUCCAAGGCUCUUCUCCACUCUUCCCACAUGUACCAUGAAGCUCAACAUUCAUUUGCUAGCCAUGGAGUGAAAUUUUCAUCCCUUGAGGUUGAUUUACCAGCCAUGAUGGCACAAAAGGAUAAAGCAGUAAGCAAUCUUACACGUGGUAUUGAAGGCCUUUUCAAGAAGAACAAAGUGAACUAUGUUAAAGGCUAUGGGAAAUUGAUUUCCCCUUCUGAAGUUUCUGUGGACACCAUUGAUGGUGGCAAUACAGUGGUGAAAGGGAAAAACAUUAUAAUCGCAACUGGGUCUGAUGUCAAAUCUUUACCUGGGAUCACUAUCGAUGAAAAGAGAAUCGUAUCAUCGACAGGUGCUUUAGCUUUGUCUGAGAUCCCCAAGAAACUUGUUGUGAUUGGAGCUGGAUACAUCGGGCUGGAGAUGGGAUCAGUGUGGGGUCGACUUGGAUCCGAGAUCACAGUUGUUGAGUUUGCCCCUGAUAUAGUCCCAACUAUGGAUGGAGAAGUCCGCAAACAAUUUCAACGUUCUCUUGAAAAGCAAGGAAUGAAAUUCAUGCUAAGAACUAAAGUGGUUGGUGUUGAUACUUCAGGGAAUGGUGUGAAGCUGACUCUGGAACCCGCGGCUGGUGGUGAACAGACAACACUUGAAGCAGAUGUUGUUCUUGUAUCUGCAGGUAGAACCCCAUUCACUGCUGGACUCGGACUAGACAAGCUAGGAAUCGAAACUGACAAGGCAGGACGCAUAUUGGUAAAUGAAAGAUUUGCUACGAAUGUGGAUUGUGUUUACGCAAUUGGGGACGUAAUUCCAGGGCCAAUGCUAGCUCACAAGGCUGAAGAGGAUGGGGUUGCCUGUGUCGAGUUCUUAGCUGGGAAGACAGGCCAUGUUGACUAUGACAAAGUCCCAGGGGUUGUCUAUACACAUCCUGAAGUUGCAUCUGUUGGGAAGACAGAAGAGCAAGUAAAGGAAUCAGGUGUAGAUUAUCGUGUCGGGAAGUUUCCAUUCUUGGCAAAUAGUAGGGCAAAAGCAAUCGACGACGCCGAAGGGGUGGUAAAAAUUCUGGCUGAAAAGGAAACAGACAAGAUACUUGGUGUUCAUAUCAUGGCUCCAAAUGCUGGGGAGCUUAUCCAUGAGGCAGUAUUGGCCCUACAAUACGAUGCAGCAAGUGAGGAUAUAGCUCGAGUUUGCCAUGCACAUCCUACAAUGAGCGAGGCACUGAAGGAGGCUGCUAUGGCGACUUAUGACAAGCCCAUUCACAUCUAGAAGAUCACCACAUUUUUUUCUUUGAUGAGUUGCAAAUCACUUGUUGGUGAGUUUAUAUUUCUUUUUGCUAUCUUGGAGAGCAGGUAAAUCUGCUAUGUUUUUUGCGACAAUAACAAUAAUAUGUAAGAACUUGUCUAUAACAUGAAGGAAUAGAAAGACCUUUUGAUGCUUUUCCCACUUGUUGUAA